AGAAGCAUUAUGUAGGCAACAUUACAAAAAAAAAACGAAUAAAUACAGAAAAUAGCAAACUAAAAAACGCGCACGAACAAUCCUCAACAUAGUGAGUAGCGAGCAGUGGAGGGCAGAUGUGUCGGGACGCGCGGCUAUACGCGUAUGUGUGUAUGUGAGUAACAGUUUGAAUUAGGAUGAGGAUCAGCAGAGUGUGUGUGUGUGAGUGGGUGUGGACUAAACCUAGUAGAGAUACUUUACAAUCAAUUAGCUAGCGGUUUUGGUGGGAAUCUGUUGGACAGUUCAGCAGGUUCAACACUAUGCUCGAAUGUGGUUCGCUGUGUGUGUGUGUGUGGAGCGUAAAAUGGGAGUUAAAAGUGCCCAACUAGUCCUCACCCUCCCCUUCCCUUUCACCCCCUCGAUUACGAUAUGGUUACGUGUGUGUGUGUGUGUGUUUAGAAUGUGUUUAGUGAAACUCUGGCGCAAACGCUAAAUGGAAAAUUGCAUGCGCGUGUGCAUGUUGCUCUGUUUGUAUGUUUGCAUACCUUGGUGUGCCGGCGGCUUGGCCGGCGAUAUUAACCAAUUAUCGAGGAAGCUGGGCAGCCUUCAUUCAACACUACCGAUUCCAGUUGCUAGUGAAGGAUGGGAAAAAGGAAUUUAGACUGUCUCGACAGGGCGCGCAAGAGAGAAGAGAAACCAAAAGAGAAGCGCGGCGCAAAUGGACAAACAUAGCAAAAGCAAACAACAAACAAAAAAGUAUAUUUAAAAAAAACAUAAUAACGUAUAAAUUCAGCAGCUCACUGUUAUGCAACACCAAGACUUUAGAGUAGAUGAUUUGAUUUGGUUCUUUCAUCGUUCAAGAAAAAAAAUAAAAAAAUAAACGACACACACACAGACACACGGUAAUGGUUCAUUAUUAUCGAACUAAAGCGACUGCAACAAAAAAAGCACAAUUUAACGGCACACAGCUGCAGCAUCAACAUAAUGCAUAAUAAUUAGCCAAUUAAUUGCAUACAUUGCCCUUCAUUAUUACUCACCCUAAGUACAGCAAAACGGAACAAUACGCAAACAGGCGGGAGAGCAAAAUCAUGCAAAGAUAUAAUUUAAAUCGACAGAAGAGAGGGCAGCAAAAGCACGAAAAAACGAAACCCACCUUUCUCGAUAUGAGAAACGUUCAGCGGGAAGGUUUACAAUUUUUGCACUAGAUAUUUUGCGCUUCCACUUGUUUGAGGUUGGUUUUUUGUUUUGCAAUUCAAAUGACUCAACUAUCAAUUUGAAACACAAAAUUAUGAAGCACAUCAGCUGUAUUAAGAAAAUGGUAGAAAAUAGAACGAAAACAAUAAGAAUUUGCAGCAUGAAACUAUUCGACAUUCAACGUCCCCAUCACCGCCACCACCAACAAUGUUGAACGACCUAAAACUUAAACAUAGUAGAGCAUCAUUGCCAAGCAAUAGAGCAAACGAUGGGAAAGGAAAGACACCAGUAGCAGAGCCAGUGCUAAACAAAUCCGGGGGCCUCACACUGUGUCUGUACUUGUAUAGCGUGUUCUAGCCAUUUAAUCAACACAAAAAAAGGCAACCAUUUUGUACACAGCCUUGCCACCAAACCGUGGUAUAUGUGUUGGUGUGUGAGACCGUGGAAGCCUGUGAAGAAAAAUCAAACAAAUCAAACGACGAUAACGAAGUGCGCGCGGCCUUUCAGGAAAAGGGCAAAACCCCAUCCUCCCGAUGUAUAGUGCUGCCCCAAUCGCUCUAUCCGACCGAAAGGCACGCGUGGUGAUCGUUACGCGUGUGUGUGUGUGUGAUCGUGUAGAUGAUAUUAUAGUUUUCCGAGCGCAAAACAACUUAAACAAACAAAAAAAAAACAAAACGCAAACGCACUUACCUGGUUGGUUGCCAUAAAACGGAUUCCGAUUGCUCUAAAUGAAAGGGAUGUAAGCUUGUGUUUCUGUGUGUCUGUGCGUGUGCGUGUGCUGUGUGCACAUUAUCCUGCAGCGGCCUCAGCAAUGGGGUUGGGUUGGAUCGAAGCAGCCACGCAUCGCAACAGCAAGCAGGGGUCAUAGACGGGAAAAAUCAUAUUUAAAAACACAUAAAAACCGUUAGUAAUAGAGAAGCUAUAAAAUGGGCCACACCUAGUAAACCUCAAAUUCGAAGGCUGUAUAGGAGGAUGGUGGCUCAUUCUUUCUCCCUCUCUCUAUCACCCACUUCGUGACAGCACGCAAUACGUUGUCCUUGUGGGGGGGAAAACCCCCCGUCAGUAGUGUUUAGAAGCAAGAAACAGCGGAAAACAACCCACGUGUAGUGAAUCAGUUGGACACCUUUUCUUCCGCGCUUCUUCGUACAAAAUAACAUGCGGAGAGUGGGCCGUGUUGUUCACACUCACACUCCCUCUCGCCCGCUCGUUUGACCUCUCUAGCAGAAGUAUUAUCUAUAAUUGGAUAAGCGAUAGGAAAGAACAAAAACAAAACCAUAGUGAUUGACGCUAGUGCAAAAACAAAACAAAACAAAAAAACAAACAAAGUUAGAACCGUGUAACAAUAUUAAGCAGCAUUUUAGUGUGUCGAUGUGUUGGUGUGUAUGUAUGAUUGUGUCUUUUGGGGGCGAUGAGAGGAAAAUGCAAACAUUUUCUAGAACACAACGCCCAACCACUAAAAGUAAUCGUGCGCAGUGUGUGUGUGUGUAUUGUGUUAUUGAAAAUACGAUAAGUUGAGAAAAAUUUCUCAAAAAAAAGGUUAGGAAAACACACACAAACUCCUGCGAGGGUCGUGGAAGCAAAAACAAUGUGCAUUAUAUACAUAGGACAGUUAAGUUUUGCGCCAAACAUUGGUUGGGUAAGAGUGUAGGGACAUUUUUAAAAUGAUUUAAGUAAUUAAAGAAACGAACAAACGAGGUGAAGCGGAAAAAUAUAAGAAAAAAGUGCAAAACGUACACAAAACGUACACACUUUUGCCAAAACAAAACAAAAUAAAUGAAAAACAAACUAGACAACAAAACCACUCGCUAAAGGGUAGCGAAAACUGUCAAAAUAGUAGGUCUAGUUGAAGGAAGGAGGCAAACAUAACAAAAAAACUUCCCCUGCUCCUCCCUCCCCUUGUGAAUUGUAUGUGUUAAUUUAACUGUGUAGCAUUUACCGAACACAAUUACAUGUUUGCAUCAUGUUUGCAACAACAACAAAAGUAUAAACAAUAUUAUCAAAUAAUAUACACACGCACAGAGAGAGAGAGAGAGAGAGAGAGAGAGAGAGAGAGAGAGAGAGAGAGAGAGAGAGAGAGAA